AUGGAUGACACCACAAAGAAAGAUGUGGUAUACGUGGAAGACAUGGAGGAGGGAGGAUUGACGAGGGUUAAGGGGAAGGUGAUGGGCACCGUGAAGAUCACGGAGGGGACGGUGGUGUAUAUUCCUACUCCCACCGCUGACCCACAGGACCCCUUGAAUAUGUCGGUUUGGCAAAAGUCCAUCAUUCUAAUUGUCAUUUCUAUCUGUACGUUGUUGACUAUCCCAGAAGUUUCUUUAACACUCCCUGAUCGUGUGCAGUUUCAUGUCUGGGUCUCGCUUUGGUCAGUGGAUUCGGAGGACUAUUACAAUUCUACAUUCCAGGAUAUACUGCCGCGGGGAAGGACUAUGAUAUAUUACCCAUUUGAUGACAUAUCCGACGUUGUUCAUACCUACGAAUGGCACCUUGGUGCCCGGAUGGUGCUUGGCUUAGCAGCCGGACAGAGUGAGGCAUUGAUUCCUAUGAUUACCCAGGAGAUUUUCUUCCUCCAUGAACGCAGCAAAGCCCUUAUGGCACAACUAGCCAUCCAGGUCACUCUAACCUCCGUAUGGACACUAUUCGCCGGCCCAAUCGCUGAGUCGAUCACACCAGAGGGAUGGUACGGGCUUGGAGCCGGUCUUGCUGGAGCACUGCUUCUAGUUGCUCUUGUCCUCCUACCCGAAACAAAAUAUGACCGUCCUCUCACAUCCUACCAGGAAACGGACUCCGACCCAACGAGCACAUCUUCUGACCUGAAAAAGGACCUAGGAGCCGAGGUAUGCACCAUUCGCCCCGCCCUAGACUACGAGAGAUACGCACCUCGUACAUGGAAAUCCGACAUGCGACUCUGGGUCGGGAAGCCCCAGUGGACAGAGACCUGGGACGUGCUAAGAGUAAGUCCAUAUCUGUGCAGACAGAACCAUCUUUACAUCAUUUCUAACCCCAGCCAGCAAACCUUCGAGCUCCUCUUCUUCCCGAACGUCCUUUGGGCCCUGCUUCUCAACGGCCUCACAAUCGGUGUAAACGUCGCCAUUGGCACCACCUACAGCACCAUCCUCGCCGAUCCACCCUACAACUGGCCCGACAGCAGCGCAAGCUACAUCAACUGCGGCCAGAUAAUCGUCGCUAUCGUCGCCCUCCCCCUUCUCGGCCACGGCUCCGACUACUUAGUGAAAUACUUCGCCAAUCGCAACAACGGCAUCCACGAGCCGGAAAUCCGCAUCAUCCCUCUCAUUUUCCCUAUCAUUGUUGGCACCUUCACUGCCGCGCUAUAUGGCCAAGGCGGCGCCCACCCGUACGAGUACCACUGGUUCAUAUAUGCCUGGACGGUAGCAGCAUACUACUUCUGUUUUGUUGGAGCAAAUAUCGUUGGCAUUACGUACCUGCUUGAUAGUUAUCCUGGGAGAUCGGGACCUUUGUUGGUUAUUAUCUGUGCGUUUCGGGGUUUUAUUUCCUUUGGGACGAGUUAUGCCGUGUCGCCGUUCAUUGCGCUUCAUGGGUAUGAUGGGGCUUUUGGGACUUAUGCGGCCUUGACGGCGGCUUUUGGGCUGUUGGGGAUUCCGGUGUUUAUUUGGGGGAAGCAGAUUCGGAGGUUUACGGGGAGGUUUGCGAAGAAUAAGACGGAUUGA